GCAGAGCCCGAACUUGCGGCUGGACUUUCCGAGACCCCAGCCUCGGCGCCCGAGCCACCCAGCGUCUUCUGGACAGUCCGCCCCGUGCCCGCCGCCGCGCCCCCAGCUCCCAGCGCCCGGGAGAGGUCGCCGCCGCCGCGCAGGCCCGCCGCCGCCGCCCGACGCGCCCAGUUGCACGUGGCGGACCCGCCCCCCUGGGCCGGCCGCGACCUGGACUCGGCCGGCCUCGGCUCUCGGGCCCUCGGCCCCAACCCCAGGCCAGCGAUGAGCUUCCUGAGCCGACAGCCGCCGCCCCGCCGCUUCGGAGCCGCCUGCACUCUGCGGCAGAAGCUGAUCUUCUCUCCUUGCAGCGACUGUGAGGAAGAGGAGGAGGAGGAGGAGGAGGAGGGCAGCGGCCACAGCACCGGGGAGGACUCGGCCUUUCAGGAGCCCGACUCGCCGCUGCCGCCCGCGCGCAGCCCCGCGGAGCCGGGGCCGGAGCACCGCCGCUCUCCCGGCCCGGCCCCCGGGAGUCCCGGGGAGCUGGAGGAGGACAUACUGCUGCAGGGCGCCAGCCCGGACGCGGUCGCUGCGGGCGGCGGGGCGGAGGGCGACUCGUGGGAAGAGGAAGGCUUCGGCUCCUCAUCGCCGGUCAAGUCUCCGACCGCCAGCUACUUCCUGGGCAGCUCGUUCUCUCCGGUGCGCUGCGGGGCCCCGGGGGAAGCGUCCCCGCGGGUGUGCGGGGCGCGGCGGGCCAUCGUGGUGCCCUGCUCGCCGCUGCCCGACCAGCCGGGCACCCCGCCGCACAAGACCUUCCGCAAGCUGCGGCUCUUCGACACCCCGCACACACCGAAGAGUUUGCUGUCUAAAGCCCGAGGAAUAGAUUCCAGUGCUAUUAAACUCCGGGGUUGUUCUCUAUUCACGGACACAGAACGAUCAGGAAAAAGAGAAUUUGACCCACGACCAACUCCUCAAGUGAAUAUUAAUCCUUUUACCCCAGAUUCUUUAUUGCUUUAUUCCUCAGGAGAGUGUCGUCGAAGAAAGAGAACAUAUUGGAAUGAUUCUUGUGAAGAUAUGGAAGUCAGUGAUUGUGAGUUUGAAGAUGAAACAAGACCUGCUAAAAGAAUUACAAUUACUGAAAGCAAUAUGAAGUCACGAUACACGACCGAAUUUCAUGAGUUGGAGAAAAUUGGGUCUGGAGAAUUUGGAUCUGUAUUUAAGUGUGUGAAGAGGCUGGAUGGAUGCGUUUAUGCCAUUAAGCGAUCAAAAAAGCCAUUGGCGGGCUCUGUUGAUGAGCAGAAUGCUUUGAGAGAAGUAUAUGCUCACGCAGUGCUUGGACAGCAUUCUCAUGUCGUUCGAUAUUUCUCUGCCUGGGCAGAAGACGAUCAUAUGCUUAUACAGAAUGAAUAUUGUAAUGGUGGAAGUUUAGCUGAUGCUAUAAGUGAAAACUACAGAAUCAUGAGUUACUUUACAGAAGCAGAGUUGAAAGAUCUCCUUCUGCAAGUUGGUCGGGGUUUGAGAUACAUUCAUUCAAUGUCUUUGGUUCACAUGGACAUAAAACCUAGUAAUAUUUUCAUAUCUCGAACCUCAAUCCCAAAUGCUGUUUCUGAAGAAGGAGAUGAAGAUGAGUGGAUAUCCAACAAAGUUAUGUUUAAAAUAGGUGAUCUUGGGCAUGUAACAAGAAUUUCUAGUCCACAAGUUGAAGAAGGUGAUAGCCGUUUUCUUGCAAAUGAGGUUUUACAGGAGAACUAUACCCACCUACCAAAAGCAGAUAUUUUUGCCCUCGCCCUCACAGUAGUAUGUGCUGCUGGUGCUGAACCUCUUCCCAGAAAUGGAGACCAAUGGCAUGAAAUCAGACAGGGUCGAUUACCUCGGAUUCCCCAAGUGCUUUCCCAGGAAUUUACAGAGUUGCUAAAAGUUAUGAUUCAUCCAGAUCCUGAGAAAAGACCUUCAGCAAUGGCACUGGUGAAGCAUUCUGUAUUGUUGUCUGCUUCUAGAAAGAGUGCAGAACAGUUACGAAUAGAAUUGAAUGCUGAAAAGUUUAAAAACUCACUUUUGCAGAAAGAACUCAAGAAAGCUCAGAUGGCAAAAGCUGCAGCUGAGGAAAGAGUACUCUUCACUGACCGGAUGGCCACGAGGUCUACCACCCAGAGUAAUAGAACCUCUCGACUUAUUGGAAAGAAAAUGAACCGCUCUGUCAGCCUUACUAUAUACUGAACUGCUCAUUUCCCUCCUCCCCAAAAAACUGUGACGAGAGGAAACUAGGUUGAAAUCACUGCUAGAAUUCACGUUUCAAUUACUUUAUUGAUUGGUAUCAGUGGUUUUACUAAAAUACCUUUUAGUAUCUUUUUUGUGAAUUACAGUUGAAAGCUGUAUUUCAACAGUUGCUAUGUCAGGCUUUUGUCUAAUCAAUCUUGCUGGACUUUUUGUUUAGGAUGUCAGUCACUGUUGGAUGUUAUAUCAGCUGUUGCAGGAUUAACCACUGUGGUGGUAUGCUGUGCAUACUUUGUGUUGCAUUGCAAUAAAAGGAAUCUUUCCUGUAGUGACUUGUAGAAAGGAUUCAAUGGCUUUAUUAUAAGCAUACAAUGCUAAGACUCAGUACUACUCAGCCUCUGAAGCACCUGUGUGUCAAUCUUUUUGUUUUUUAAUUGUGAAUUAUACUUGUAUCUUCAACUGGGAGCACUUUGUAGGCAUUGCAUAAACCAUGGAGUGAUACAAUUCUAUGGAAGUAUUGCCUUGUGAAUUUGCUGCUAUUUUAGUUUUGUCUUUGCUGUAAAAUUGUAGCAUUAAACAAUCAUCGUUGUUAAUAGGCUUUCUUUUUGAAACAAUUAUGUGAAAUACGUAGCUGCUCUUGAUAAAAGCAGCUAAUUUGUCUUAUUUGCUUUUUUUAACUUUGAAGCUAGUGCAUUGAAAAAAAUGCACCCCACCCCACCUUUGGAAUGAUGUAUUAAUAUAGUGUAAUUAUUACUAGUUUUGUAAUUUUUCUGAUAAUGUGCUUUCCUGACUCUUUUUUAAAAAUGUCUCUUUUCUCUGCCCAAGUUUUGUACUUGAUGUAUAGUUAAUCUGUUUUUAAAUGUUUGACCUGGUUUCUCUUCAAUAUUUGUAUAUAUAAACUGACCUUGAUAAUACUGUACAUAGCUGUUUAAAAUGCCAGAAUGACUCUUGCAAGUUCUUCACUAAAUACAUUUUAUGUGUAUUAGCCACUUGACUAAUGAUAUUGGCUAAUGUUGUCAAAAAAGAAAAAAACAUUGUUUCUUUGCUUUCUCAUUAAUUUGGGUCUAAAUCCUGUUUGCACUUGUUUGUUACAUAUGUUUCAUCAACAUCCAUUGGCAUAUUAAAAAUCACUCUGAGCUUACUUUAAUUAGUUAAA